UGAGUGGAGGAGAGUGGACAGAGUAGCCAUCGAAGACUCAUUUUAUUCCACAUUCAUAGUUCUGCUCUCCACACUUUCAAAUUUCUCUCAAGAAACACUAUCAUCUUCAUUCAUUUCUUCUUCAUUGUUUUUCCAUCUGCUUGAAAUUUCUCAUAAUGGCCGCGGAAGGAAUUCUUGUUAACGGGGUCACUGAAAUCAUUAACAAGGUACUACCUGUUAUUGCUCAACAGAUUUCUUCGUCAUGGGGUGUCAAAGACGACUUGAGAAAGCUCAAGGAAACCUUAGAGUCAAUUCAAGCUCUAAUGUCUGAUGCCGAGAGGAGGCAGGUGAAUGAUGAGGCUGUGAGACUUUGGUUGAGAAGGCUGAAAGAUGUUGUUUAUGAUGCAGACGACGUUAUGGAUGAGUUCAUUUACGAAACCAUGCGUUCUAAUAAGCACAGGGUACAAGCUCUUGUUUCAUCCUCCAACCCACUUUUUUUUCGUUUCAAGAUGGCCCGUAAUAUUCGAGCCAUCAAUCAAAAGUUGGAUGAAAUUCACAAAAACAGUGAAAGGUUUCGCUUCCAAAAUACCGGAAGUGCACAAGAAAAUCAGAAUAAGGAGCUUAUAAAAAAACGCAACCGGUUGACUACAUCGGAUGUAGAUGAUUCGUUACUUCUAGGAAGGGAAGGUGCAAAAUCAUACAUAAUUUACUUAUUGAUCGAGAAGCCGUCGCCAUCUGUGCCGUCAUCAUCAUUGGAGAUUUCUACCCAACAGCACAACGUAUCCACUUUAUCUAUUGUGGGUAUGGGGGGUCUGGGUAAGACUACAGUAGCUCAAAUGGUCUAUAAAGAUGACUCCAUGGUGAGAAACUUUGAGCCAAGAGCGUGGGUUUGUGUCUCUGAUCCUUUUGACAUCUUUAAGAUUUUAAGAGAUAUCAUCGAGUCCAUCACUGGACGAAAAUGUGAGGAUCCAUCCAAUGUCGACGUAUUGGCAAAACAAGUCAAGGAAAAUUUGCUUGGUAAGAAAUAUUUUCUAGUGCUCGACGACGUGUGGAAUGAGGAUGUCGGAGAUUGGGAUAAACUGAAAAGUUAUCUUGUUUGUGGCGGCUUGGGCAGCAAAAUAUUAGUCACUACACGAAGCCAGAAUGUUGCAUCCGCUGCUGGGGGUACAUAUUACUCUUUGAACAAAUUACCGGAUGAUGUUUGUUGGUCCAUUAUCAAGAAGAAAGUAUUGUCCCAAGGUGGAGCAGUGCUGACAAAGAAAAUGACAGAUAUUGGAACUGAGAUAGCAAGGAAAUGUGAUGGCUUACCCCUUGUGGCGAAUUCACUUGGAAGUUUAUUGGGUUCAAGAAGAGAUGAAAGCUAUUGGCAGUCAAUCGUAGACGACAUCGCUGAUCGUAUGCGAGGUACAACUGAACAUGAAAAAGUCAUUUCAAUAUUAAAACUGAGCUAUGAUAAUUUAUCGCCUCCUCUGAAACAAUGUUUUUCAUACUGCUGUAUUUUCCCGAAAGACUGGGAAAUAGAAAGAGAAAUGUUAAUUCGAUUAUGGAUGGCAGAAGGAUUCCUUUUGUCAUCAAGUGGAGGAGAAAGUAUAUCUCUUGAAGAUAUUGGUAAUGAAUAUUUUGAGUAUUUGGUGUGGAGUUCGUUCUUCCAGGAUGUGCAGAAGGAUCAAGAGUCGGGUGACAUUUGGGGAUGUAAGAUGCAUGAUUUGGUGCAUGAUCUUGCAACGAGUGUUCUAGAUCGUAAUGAAUUUAGAAUUGCCAAGGUAAGAGAUGACAAGGAAGAUGUUUCAGAAGUUCGACGCUUACAACUGCUAAUUGAUGGACAGAGUUUGGCAUCUCCUACAGUAUUAUCAAAUGCUGUGAAACUGCGUACAAUUGUUGCUCUUGAACCAAAGAAUAUUCCGUAUACCAAUUCUUUCUUUCAAUGUAGGCGUUUACGCGUACUAUGUCCUCUCGGUGGCUGGGAUAGGGAAACAUGCUCACUCUCGUCUAGCAGUAUGUCUUGCAAGCUAUGUUCUGCUUCUUCAAUUUCUAAGCUGAAGCAUCUGAGGUACCUUGACCUCUCACACAUGUAUUUAUCUCCUGAGGUAUCUUUAAAUCAUUCUUACAAUCUGCAAAUACUCAUACUUCGUGGAUGCAAAAACGUUCCUAGCUGUCUUCUAAAUAAGAUUGGAUCUUUGAAGAGUUUGAGGCAUCUUGAUAUCUCGAGGUCGGAUAUUAAAUCCAUAUCAGAAAACAUUGGGUCCUUGGAACAUCUGAGUUUCCUUGAUCUUUCAGGUACAAAAAUAUCAAAGUUACCGGAUUCAAUUAUUUGUAUCAGCAAUCUAAGAACGUUGAAGUUCAGUGGUUGUGAGAAUUUAGAUGGCUUACCUAGAGAGCUGGGAGCACUGACACGAUUGAGGUGUCUUGAUUUGCGUGGUACUUCCAUCCAAGAAUUGCCUGAAUCAUGCAUUAGCAACCUCUGCAAUUUGGAGAUAGUCAAACUAGGAUGGAAGUGUGAACUUCCAAAGGAAAUUAAGAAUUGGCCGAAAUUGAGAAUUUUUGCUCACCCUGGAAAAGAUGAUGUAAUGCCUAGAGGUAUAGAAAGGCUCACUUGCCUUGAAACAUUGAAUUACAAUGCUAGAAAUGAAAAUGAGAUCUGUGAAAGUCCCAGUAAUAAGAGUUACGGAGGCAUUGAAGAGUUAGCAGGCUUAAACUCCCUUCGGGUGUUAGAGAUCAGAAAACUUGAAAAUGUGAGAGGUGGAAUAGAAGAUGGAGAAACAGCAAAGUUAAAGGACAAGCAACAUCUUCGAGAAUUACAUCUGGAAUGGGGUUCCACAGGUGGUGAUGAUGACCAAGUACGGAGUAGUAGAAGUGUAAAAGAUACUGCGGUGUUGGAGGGUCUCCAGCCUCACUCAAAUUUGAAGCAUUUGCAUAUAUAUAGAUUCUCAGGUUUAAACCUUCCAAAGUGGAUGAUGGGGUGUUCAUUAUCUAACUUCCUUCCGAAUUUGGUGAAAAUAAUUAUGAGAGAUAUCAAUAAUUGUGAGCAGCUUCCAGCUCUGGGCAUGCUCCAAUUUCUUAGGUAUCUUGGGAUCUUCAGAAUGAAAUCAAUCAAGUGUCUGGGUGAAGAAUUCUAUUAUCAACAAGAAAACAGAGAAGAAGAAGAAAGCAGUAGUAGUGAUACUGCAAAGAGAUCCUCAUUAUUCCCUUCCUUAGUUGAUUUGAGUAUCGAAUUGGAAAACUUAGAAGAAUGGGUUGCUCCUCCUCUUUCUUCUUCUUCUUGUUUUCCUUCUCUUGAGACGAUGGAAAUCACAAACUGUAAACGAUUGAAAAUCAUACCACCAUUGGGCGCACUACUCCAACGCGGUACUCCGAAUCUUCGGUCCCUUGAAAUUACGGAUUGCUCAAAUUUUCAAGGUUUUCGUGAUGAUGGUGAUAAUCCAAACAACAACGACAAGAGUUCUAUUCGUUCACUGUGUCUACAAAAUUGUCCUGCUUUAACAUCUCUACCGGAUUUGCAAUUAUGUACUUCUAUUCGUUCACUGUGGUUAGAAGAUUGUCAUGCUUUAACAUCUCUACCGGAUUUGCAAUUAUGUACUUCUAUUCUUUCACUCUGUCUACAAGAUUGUCCUGCUUUAACAUCUCUACCGGAUUUACGAUUAUGUACUUCUCUCCGGAAAUUAACAAUCUGGAAAUGCGACAAACUGAAGAAUAAGGAGUCAAUACCCUAUGAUCUUAAGAAGUCCCUCACGUUUCUUGAUGUACUCCAAGUUGAUUUCAUCCAAAGAGACGAGGGUGUUCCGGAUGUCUCUUUUCCAUUUGAGUUAACUAAUUUGAUGGAGAAGAAGAAGUAGAAUUACCAACAGGUUGGUUGGAUCGAUGGCGAGGAAUCAACAAGCAAUCAGGCAUGCUUCUUAAUUUUGCUCUUGAAAUUCUGCAAGCAGUGGGUAUUGUAUUACCAAGUAAGGAUUUUCAAGCACAAGAAAUAGCCUGACAAAAUUGCUAAUUUGUAUCUAUUUUGUUCUCAGGUGCAUCAUAAUGUUUAUGGACUUGGAUCUGAUGGAACGAACAGAUUCAAAGAAAAUUGGUGCUGGAAAUGCAACAUUGUAAAGUGUCUAAAUCUGAAAAUGGAACUCUGUUUGGAGCAAAGAUUACUGAUGGAGGCUCCGGUGGCUCUGUUUGCGUACUCGGAAAGAAUCUUGUCUACGUGGCAGCGAACAGAUUCUAGAGGUAAAACCUCACUUGAGGAAAAAUAAAAUAAAGAUUAGGAUAAGUUUAUCGUGCUUAAGUUAAGACAUGGGCUACAAAUAAGUUAUAAGUUGUAACCCUUCAUUUGAUGUAAUAGAACGCAAAGAAUAAGGCCAGGGUGUAGUAAAUUUUUAUCUUUUACCAACAAA